CAGCUUAUUUUGUAUUUCAUAAAUAUAUAAUGUGAUUUAAAACAACUAAGAGAUUUGUGCACACUAAUAUCUAAGUAUUUUUAUUCAAUUUGGAGUUGAUUGUGGAUGGACGAACAAAGGUCUCCAUUAUGGAUUGAGGUGCAAUGAUACCGUUUUACCUGGUCGCUCAACAGUUGAAUCAUUCCUAGUAUUUCAGCAACAGAUAAUACUAUGCCUGCUGUGCCAAGACCUGGAAGCUUGAAAGACCCAGAGAUAGCUGACCUCUUCCAGAAAGAUGAUCCUGAAAAAAUAUUUGAUGACCUACGGGAAAUUGGACAUGGUAGUUUUGGUGCUGUUUAUUAUGCCCGUUGCCUUAUCACAAAAGAAAUUGUUGCAAUUAAAAAGAUGUCAUACUUGGGUAAACAGAGCUUGGAAAAGUGGCAAGAUAUCCUGAAAGAAAUUAGAUUCUUAAGACAGUUGAAUCACCCGAACACAGUUGAGUACAAAGGAUGUUAUCUGCGUGAUCACACUGCAUGGCUAGUCAUGGAAUAUUGCCUUGGCUCGGCAUCCGAUAUAAUUGAAGUUCACAAAAGACCACUGAAAGAAGAAGAAAUUGCUGCAAUCUGUGAAGGUGUUUUACAAGGUCUUCAUUAUUUACAUUCUCUAGAUAGAAUUCACCGUGAUGUUAAAGCUGGAAAUAUCCUUCUUACAGAAAAUGGAACUGUAAAGUUAGCAGACUUUGGCUCAGCAAGUAUUAAGUGCCCAGCAAACAGUUUUGUUGGAACACCAUAUUGGAUGGCUCCAGAAGUGAUCCUUGCUAUGGAUGAAGGUCAGUAUGAUGGUAAGGUGGAUGUUUGGUCUUUAGGCAUCACAUGUAUAGAACUUGCAGAGAGAAAACCUCCUUACUUUAAUAUGAAUGCUAUGAGUGCUUUGUACCACAUUGCUCAGAAUGAUACACCAGUCCUUCAGUCAACAGAAUGGACUGAUACAUUCAGACAUUUUGUUGAUUCAUGCCUUCAGAAAAACCCAUUAGAAAGGCCGACAUCUGGAAAACUGUUAUCACAUUCAUUUGUUAAUGGCCUAAGGUCUCCCCAUGUUUUGAUAGAUUUAAUUCAAAGAACCAAAGCUGCAGUCCAUGAGCUAGAUAACCAAAAUUAUAGAAAAACUAAAAAGAUUCUGAUGAUCGAUUCAUGUGAAAGUGAGAGUACUGCAGGAGAUGCUGAUGACACCCCAGACGAGCAAACAGGAGCGGACAGUAGCAAGAGUGAUAGUAUUACAUCGGAGCACUCUGUGCAAUCAAUGGGUGUAAGUGCUUCUUCUCAAGGCAGCUCAACUAACAGCAUUCCUCCUGCUCCAGAAGCGAACCAUGACAGUUGUUAUCCUCCAUCAAUGCGUACUCGUCACAAAGGAAGUAAUUCCAGUGCUUUGGUUGAACACGGUCCAAAUAAUUUUGCUACUCUGAGAACUACCUCUAUUGUAACUAAACAACAGAAAGAACACAUGCAAGAAGAAAUGCAUGAACAGAUGAGUGGCUAUAAAAGAAUGCGAAGAGAACAACAAAGUGCUCUAAUAAAACUAGAGGAAAGAUGUAAAGUAGAAAUGGACAAUCAUAAACAAGUUUUAGACAAAGAAUAUGAAGCACUCUUACAACAGUUUAGUAAGGAAUUGGAAAAAUUGCAGAUGAAACACCAACAGGAUCUUGAAAAGAAAAUGAAACAAAAUGCCAGUGCAGAGAAGAAGCUUCACAAAGAAAUAAGUAGUCGCCAAGAACAGGACCGAAAAGCUUUUGAUGCUCAUAAAAAGAAGGAGUUUAAAGCCAGUAAAGAAAGAUGGAAACGUGAACUCAGUCAAGAUGAUUCUACACCAAAAAGACAAAAAGAUGCAGCACUUCAGAGUCAACAGGAGAACAAGAAGCAAAUGGACGCUAGAGAAGAACAACAAUUGGCAUUGGGACAGAAAGAAUAUUUGGAACUAGAAAUCAGAAAGUUUCACCGUAAGAAACUACUAGCUUUUCAUAGUUUAGAACAAGAACUCCUUAGAGAAGAAUUGAAUAAGAGGCAACAGCAAUUAGAACAGGCUCAUUCCAUGUUGUUGCGACAUCAUGAGAAAACACAAGAACUUGAAUAUCGCCAACAAAAAGCAGUCCAUCAGCUAAGGGAAGAUCAGGUAUCGAGACAACACCAUACAGAGCAGCAGAAUCAGCAUGACUAUAUGACUCGAGCUGAAAGAGAUCUCAAGAAAAAACAUGCUCUUGAAUUGAAACAACAACCCAAAAGUUUGAAACAAAAAGAAAUGCAAAUCCGAAAGCAGUUUAGAGAAACUUGUAAAAUACAGACCAGACAAUAUAAGGCUCUUAAAGCGCAAAUCCUGGCCACAACCUCCAAAGACGAACAAAAAACUGUUAUAAAGAAAUUAAAGGAUGAGCAGAGACGAAAACUUGCUCUUUUAGGAGAACAGUAUGAACAGAGCAUCGCUGAAAUGCUUCAAAAGCAGUCUAUAAGAUUAGAUGAAUCACAAGAAGUAGAAUGCCAACACCUGAAGGACAGACUUCAUUAUGAACUUGAAAUUUUAAUGGCAUAUCAGAGCAAAAAUAAAAUGCAAGCUGAAGCCCAGAGGAAUAGGGAACGAAAAGAGCUUGAGGAUCGAGUCGCUGUAAGAAAAUCAUUGUUAGAAAGAAAAAUGGAGCUAGAAACAACACAGUUUCUUCAAGAACGUUCUGAGAGAAUUCGUCUCUUACAUGAAAAGCAAGACCGAGAAUUGGAAGAUUUUGAUGAAGAAUCAGCAAGGCUUGGAUUUAGUGCUUUGGCAAUUGCAGAAGCUUCAAAGGAAUCAUAUCCUGAUGAUGAUAGUCUCUCAGGAAGCAUGCUCAGUCUAGCCCAUAGCAAUUGUCCCAAUCCCUAGUCCUAUAUGUACAUUAACAGUUUUAGACGCAUUUUUAAAUUAGACAACUAUUAAUGUUCUUAAGUGAUUUAUAUAAGAUUUCACCAUGAAAACAUGUAUAGAGUGUUACAUUGGAAAAAAUACAAAAAGUGUACAGUUAACCAAGUAAUUUGCAACGAUACAAAGUGGCUCGGCCAACAAUAAAUAAUUGCAUAAAGUUCUUUUUGUAAAACUUUGAUAUUUCAUUUUAUUUUAAAUAUUCUAUACAAUCAACUCAUGAAUAUAUAGGCUUUUAGCUUUAUUAACUUAUAAAAACUCCUUUUUAGAUGUUAUAUAAAUCUUAAUACUUUAUAACACUACUAUAAUCUGCAGUUAAUAGUAAAGUGUUUUUUGUUUGCUUUUAUGUUAUCUAUUUAUUUUGUAUAUUAACAUACAUGAAAUAUUAAAAUUAUUUCUUAAAGUGUCGAUAGUAUUUGUUGUUUACUAUCAAGUAAACAUUUAAAUAUUAACUUACAAUUUGUGCUAAUAUCAAAUUAUCUUUCUGAGAGUUGAUUGUUAAUUUGUUUUCCAAGUAAAUAGAGCAGGCUAAAAUAAAUAUGUUAUUAUAGUGUUAAUUAUGUUCUCUCCAUGAAAAAUGAAGAAGUUGACUUUUUACUUGUUUGUUAGCAAAUAAGUUACACUUCAAAAGAAGCAUAUAAUUUGAAAUUAUUAUGUCUACUAUGUUUUUACAAAUUAGAAAUUAAAUUUUAAUUUAAAGUUGCUAGAGAAAAGUUUUUUUACAAAAUAUUUAUGGUUUCCAACACUGUGUAGUUUAAAAUUUAUAAUAUUAUUAGUGAUUACUGUAACAGUAUCAAAUGUAAAGGAGGAAAUACACUAGCUAAAGGUUAUGUAUUGUCACUCAAGUUUAUAGUGUGACUAUUAAUAAAAAAUUCAUUCUAUUUAUAAAAAGUAAACACUGGAAUCUAUGCAAUUGUUAGUUAAAUUAGUUAUUGGUUUAAAUUGUUACACUCAAUUCCAUGAGUGUAGUGAGUGAGAGUAUAGUGCAGUGUAGUAUGUAGAUGCUAUUUUUCAUAUUUAACCUUGAAAAAGGUUCUGUUUGUGGAAUUAAAUAUUUGCUCUAUUAAUACUAUGAUGUUUACUUUUUACUCAUUGUAUUUUAUAUAAACAUUAGAUCGGCUAUGUGGCUACAUAAUAUAAAUACAUUAUUAUUUAAUAUUUAUCCUUAUUCAUUUAUUCAAGAUGUCUAAAACAGUUUAAAUCUUCAACCUAUAAUAAAGACCUCCAGCCUGUUCUAAGAUAUAUUCAAUAAAUUCUGCAUGCUAUGCAUUUCUUUAAAUUAAGUAAACAUUAGUUUCAAAAUGAUUAUAUUAUUGGAUAUUAUGCUUGUAAAUGGAAAUUAGAAUCAUUGGACUCUAAUGAUGUCGAUCACAAACUAAUAAUUUAGUACGGAUAUAAUAACAAUAAACAAUUUGGUGGACUCCUACUCAUGUUGCAGUUACAAAUUGAAAAGUGCUGUACCAAGAAUAGCCUAGUAGAAUGAUCCUGAGCCUAGGUACAAAAAAAGACACCAAAUGGUGGAAAGGGAAGAGGGAGGGAUUGAUGACUUUGUUGAGCUAUUAGAUCAUUAAGUCCGCAAUUGUUUUACACUUAUCUGUCACUACAUUCUUUUGUUCCUGUGAAGUUUUAUAAUUUGAAUAGAAUCUUAGUAUAGUUUAAAACCUACCAUGGCCAUGCCUAUAAUAUUCAAUCGUUUAUAUUCUUUUGGAAAUGUUGACAGUUAUAUAAUUUCAAACCUUGAAUACUUGAUGAACAGAUUGGCUUGGUCAAAACUAGCAUUAUAAUGUUCAGUUCUUCUUUAGUAUUCUUUAAAACUUAAUUUAUGAACAAAUUAGUAAAUUUUAGACCAAAACUCUUGCUUAUAGCUUCUGAUUUAGUUUUUUAGAACUGUGCCAAUUAAACACAAUUGAUUAUCAUAAAAGUACAUUUCUUCACUUUAAAAAAUUCAUAUUUACAAUUGUUCAUAUUCAUUUUACAUGUAGUAAAGUAAAUUUUGUUAAUUUAUUUAGUUGAUUAAACAAAUUAAGUUGUUUAUAUGUUAUAAGAAAGUUUUUAUUGCAAAGAUAAAAUAUAUGUAUGUUUUGUUUUCCUUAUAAUUUUUAAUUUUGCUAAAUAUAUUUCCAUUCGCUUUUACAACCACUGUAAAAUAUUGGUAUUGCAAUAUUAAGUAGGUUCAUUGCAAUAUGCUAAAACACAUUUCUGAAUAGGUUAGGUAUUAUAAAUAUACAGUAUAAGGAACAAUAAUGCUGAUAUCUUUGUAAAGCUUAUAUGUAAUCUUUAGUGUAACGAGUCACAUGUUUUUAUGUGACAUUUUUAUAUAGAUGAUAAUUAUAACAUAAGCCUAAUAUUUUGUACAUAUAAAUAAACGCUUGCAUGGACAAUGGGAAAUUGUUUUGAUAAUUAUGUGGCCGUCAGUAUUACAUCCAUUUUAUGACUUAAAAUUGCUUUUAUUUUUAAUGGUAAAUAAUCAUAGUGUGUGAAACCUUUUUUAACACUGGAAUCAAUUUUAUGAGCAAAAUUUAAAGUACUAUUACAGCUUUGAUUAAAAUAUUUCUUUUCCUAUAUUUGCCAUUUCAGAUUGAUGCUGAACAUAGCCAGUCAUCAUCUAUAGUUGUAUAAACAAAGGUGCAAUUUAAUUAAAACAAUUUCUCGUUUUUAUAUUAAUGUUAUAAAUAUUUAAGUUCAUUAGUAGUAGACUUUAUGCAUUAUAAAUAUAUUGCUUUAUGAGAACAGUGUUAAUUGUUACAUACUCAUCUUACCCAUUUCUAAUAUAUAAAAUUAUGUUGAUUAAAUGAUAUUCAUAAGUUUUCAGGUAAUGAGAACUUAAUAUUUUCAAGACUUCUGUUUAUAAUUCAUAAUUUGAUUUUUCGUAAGUUCACAUUUAUUUAUAUUUGUAUAAUGUUAGCAGGGAGAAGAUUUUGCUAUGUUGUAUAUGGCUUUAUAAACGUAUAUUCAAUUUUACGUUGAUUCUGUGGAUUAAUAAAAACUGAUUUUAAC